GUCAUUCCCACACCAAAUCCAUUCCCCAACUCUCUCUCUCUCUCUCUCUCUUUCUAUAUCUUCUUCUUCUUCCUCCUCGGCUUUCCAUUCACCAACUCAUACGAGGCCAUCUCCUCCUGCUCUGCUCUGCUCUGCUCAGACCUUCUUCUCUCUCUUUCUUGGGGCUCUGCAGAUGGCGUCCAAAAGGAUCUUGAAGGAACUCAAGGAUUUGCAGAAGGAUCCUCCCACUUCUUGUAGUGCCGGUCCAGUGGCUGAAGACAUGUUUCACUGGCAAGCAACAAUUAUGGGUCCUCCAGACAGUCCAUAUGCCGGGGGUGUUUUUCUAGUUACCAUCCAUUUCCCUCCAGAUUAUCCCUUUAAGCCACCCAAGGUUGCAUUCAGAACAAAGGUGUUCCAUCCUAAUAUAAACAGCAACGGCAGCAUUUGCCUUGACAUUUUGAAGGAACAGUGGAGCCCUGCUUUAACCAUUUCGAAGGUAUUGCUUUCAAUCUGCUCUCUGUUGACGGACCCAAACCCCGAUGAUCCGUUGGUGCCGGAGAUUGCUCACAUGUACAAGACAGACAGGAACAAGUACGAGACGACUGCAAGGAGCUGGACCCAGAAGUAUGCCAUGGGGUAAAGUUAAAACCAAAAAUGGUGGUAAGUCCAGAGAGGAAGGCUCCCUUUUCUAUGUUUAGUAAAAUUUGGUUUGUUAGGUUAUGUAUGAAUGAAUAUGUUGGUGAAUUGGACUAAAGAAGUGGUCCACUCCACUGUCUGGAAAAAAAUGAAGGAAAACAAAAAGAAAGAAAGAAAGAACUAUACACAUGUUCCUUUAUAAAUGAUGCUUGUAUGAGUAGUUGCCUCCGGAUUUGUCUUUUACCCUAAUAUUUAUUUUACCAAUGGCAAUCAAAGCCAAAAUAUCUCCUAAUUUAUACAUUA